CAGAUGGUGUCGUGACAGAUCCUGAACCGAAGGAGGCCGCAGCCAUGAGUGGAACUGCGGCAGAGCUCACGUGCGCUCAUUGCAAAGAGGCGUUCAAAGAACCACUGCUGCUCAUGCAACACGUGCAAUCUGUGCAUUCCGUUUCUGUCGUCGAAGGAACAGCAGUCGGCAAAACAGAAGUGGAAAUUCCUGCACCGUUAGUACAGUACACGUACAUGUUCUUGCGUUUGGCGUCUGUUUUCGAUCAGGAUCCCGGGAAUAAUAACGAAGAAGGCCUGCACAUCAACGGACAUCAGCAGCAGCAGUCGCCCGCAGGGAAAGUAGUUCCCUCUUUCAAUCAGGAUUGCCUGAAGCAGGCGAAUUUCUCUGCGGAAAUUAAUCCCAACAGCUCACUCACUGAUGACAAAGCCUUCAAUAAGGAGUCGUCUUUGCUAGCGAUUCUUGGAACCAGCAACAGCAGCAGUGCUGCUGAGGGAUUCACCAGCAAAACCGAGAUUCCCAUUUCGAAAAAUUGUGGUUGA